GGAUUAUGAUUGUAUCGACCAUUGUUGCGAAUGGAGAAUCUACUGGAAUUCUGACGAUCAAAUGGUCGUCUCUUUUUCAAUUCAGUGCAGGACUGUCGAGAUCAACUUCAAGGUCGACGACGAUUUGUUGGCAAGUAUUCUACUCAUGGGGCUGCCGGAGAGUUACGGACCAAUGUUGAUGGGGUUGGAAGCAUCAGAAGCAAAAUUGACCGCAGACUUGAUCAAGACGAAGAUCCUGCAGGACGUGAAGAAACAGGAUUACGUGACGUCAUCAGGAACCGAAGGAGCUUUUGUGAGUCACCAGAGAAGGCCGGCGAAGGACAAAACGAAGGUCAAGUGCUUCAAGUGCAAGCAAAUGGGCCAUUUUGCUUCAGAAUGCCAGUCAACGGGAUCAGUAGAAAGCUCGAACUCGGGCCACCUGAAGACGAUGGGUAACUCAGCAUUCAACAUCGGUGAAGGGUACCAGAGAGCGCGGGUUCGUGAAUCGAGGAGCGGCGAAUGUUUUGACGAGAACGGAAGUUAUUGGAAGUUACUAAAAUCUAGCUUAAGGGGGAAUGUUGGCAUGAUAGUAAGCAAUGACAACGUAUGACGGGAUGAGUACAUACAAAAUACCAAGAGUCUCCUCGAUACAGAAGUUUGCUGCGAAGUGUGACUACAGACGUCUCGGUUCUUUGGUUUUACAGCAAAGGGCGGCUUCGCUAACGUCUCUCGAUGCAUUUAGUUUUAAACUUUAUGGAUACGAAUGAUCAGCUUUGUCGAUCAAAUCUGAUGAAUUGUAUUUUGUGUACGUAGAAAACUUUUGCCUCUCUUGAAAACCUGCCAAUCGAAUCAUGUGCGGAGGCCUUUUUGUGAACCAAAUUGUUUGGCUUUGCAGUAUCCGUUAUGGACAGCGGCUAUCGACUCUCUUUUUUUAUAGUUCAUAUUCCGAACAAAUUACACAUUCGAUUGCCCAUUGCGUCUUUAGGACAUGCUUGAAUUUAAAAUUUCUUUUGAGACUGUUUGCUGUUCUACUUUGAAUCUGAACCAUGUCGUUCAGUUGGAACAAUUCCAGUCACUGGAUUAUGGUGCACUUCUUUGUCUACCCCCGAAACCCAUAGACACCGUAGAGCUUAAAAUGUAGUCAUUUUGUGAAUAAUCCAAGGUGCCGGAUUAUAUGUGCAAAUUUCGAGCCAAACAUUUCAUUAGGGCACAAAACCAAAAACCGCGAUUCGAGCAAAUCAAUUCAUAUUUAAAAGAAAGCUGAUUUUUUUUUACUGAUGAUACGAUACCCAAGCAACACACUUUGUCAGAUAAACGUAUUUC